AUGGAGGAGGGAGCAAGAGGUAUGUCAACAAGAGAGGGAGGUGAACGAGAAUGCCAAGAGGGGAGGGGAUGCCAAUCCGAUGUGCCGGAGGCCUACUGCACUCUGAAGAUAAGACACAACAUCGGAGAUUCCAUGCUUACUGACUACCUCAAUUCAUGCGCCGGAAGGAUCACCACCCUCAAUAGUCAGAAGCUCCCCAUCCUAUGAUUCAUCCAAACGAGUGCUGUAAGGGGACUUCUCUGCCUGAAUGCCAUCAGCUCACCACAUUGGAAUGUCAACACUCACAUCAUAGUGUACGCCUUAAGGGGAUGUAGUCGGGUGCAAGUGGUGGGACAUCGAGGUCGGACCGUGUUUGAUGGUGAGCUACGUCAGGUUCACCUACUGGUUGUUCUAUAUUACUUUGCUGUGAUGUUUCAAGCGCAAAACGAGAGCUUCGAAUGGGUCACCAUGAAGACCAAUGACAAUGUCAUGGUCAGCCAUUUCACGGGGAAGGUAUCGGCUCUUCGUAGCAUACCGGUAGAGAUAUAAGCAGUGGCUAGUUUGAGCAUUGUACUACUGUAGCAUUGCAGCUCAUUUAAUUGGUAUUAUCACAUUAAAAACGGCUCAGAAGCAUAGUACUUUCCAGCUAUAUGCACUUCAUGUUCUAUGGUUUCGCAUGUGGACGGAGGAGAAAGUUUGAGGUAGAGACGACGGAGACACUGUGAUCCCAUUUGAAUUUGAUCAUAUAAUUGGGCCUGAAUCAUCAAACUACGUGCAAACAAGAAUCCACAAUGUGGUACUGUCCCCACCGACAAUCGACAAA